AUUUUAUCGCUUGUGAUGGUGAUAUUCUGUUACAAUGUGUCUGUUCGUGUUAUGUCCUUGAUGAUGAAUAUACAUAAGCUAACAGUGUACCUUCUCUACGGCCUCAUCCUGCUUCAAGCAUACAGUAUGAAACUACACUACACCAGUGGGCUGCGGCUUAUCACGUGGUUACUGCGCCGGCCACAUUGGCAUAGAUCGACGACUGUCACUCGGCGGUGGAUGGUCAGCGGGUGUCUGAUGGCUGCUAACGGUGUGUUGGUGUAUGCCGCGUGUAGGAGUACUAUGAAGGCUCUUAUCAAAGAACUUUCCACAUCCCUACGUGUUGGUAUUUCUCAAUAUCUUACGGAGCCAUAUUGGAAAACUUUACUGGAUACAAUGCAGGUGGAGUUAAGUUGCUGUGGCGCUGAUCAGCCAAGCGAUUGGAAUGAAAUACCGUGGUUAAAUAUCGACUUUCUUAAUGAAUAUUCGGACCUUGUUAUGAAGUUAGCAGGCACCGACGGGAAGGUGCUACCACCGGUAACUCCGUACUCGUGCUGCUCGCCCGCCGUGCUGGCAGCGUGCUACCACGACCCCUUGCAGCAGUGGGAGUGGCGCUGGGCGUGGCAGUCCCACUCGCCGCUAGCGGGCGCGUCGCUCCACGCGCGCGGCUGCGUGUCGGCCGUGCGCGAGCCGCUCGCACGCGCCGCGAGAGCGCUGCAGGCCUGCACCGCACUCGCUGUGGGGCUGCAGGUGGUGAUAAUGAUAGUGACUCAGUUGAUGCGCACGAGCGCCCGCGCGGCCGCGCUGAGCGGGGACGCGGCGGGCGCGGGGCGGGCUUCGCUGCUGUACGCCUCUCCGCCUUCAGAG